UGGGGGAGCAAAUAGUGAUAGGAUCAAUUGCCUUUUCGGGAGGGUCACCCGUAACUACCAACUACUUACUAACACUGCCGUCUUGUCUCAACUUGCUUCCGAUAUUCGAGCUUGCAUAUCGACCCACCCGCCAAAUCUCGUAUCGCCGAAAGACGGCACUGCCGUCUUCAAAGGAACUGCCAAGUGACAUUCUGUGGGGCUUGCGAUGGCUUAUCAUGCCAGAAAUCACUACAUACCUACAACUUUGUCUUGAAUCAAACGAGAGCACAUGUCAGACACACGACCAAAGCACUUGGGCUGAGAUGUCUCUGCACCCCCUCAACGAUGAGGAUGGGCGCUGUUUUCGCCACAAGUGCGGCGCUUGAUCUACAGCUUACCAGAAGAGCAGAACGGACCAAGAUGAAAGGAGUAGCGCGCUUAGCAUGCCAUUCACUUUCCUGGCGUCAUAUGCAUGUCAAACCCCGGUUACUGAGACACCGCCUCGAGAUAUAAAGGCCGAUUACCCCGAGAGCGCGUCCUCACCUCCUUACCAUGUUUCUCUCCUCCCAUUUUCUUGCCAUACUCCCUGCUCUAUGCACGGUCGCAACUGGAGUCUCCGCGGCCUUGUCGCCAAGUAACAGGAUGACCGCGCGGGACAAUACAACGACCGCGGGGUUGACAGGCGACUCUGCAUGCACAACUAAUAUGUGCAUUUCUGCUGUACUCAAUGGAUCUACAACCCAAUACACGCUAGCGAGCACGGGAAAGCAGAGCGUAGGAUGGAUGGCAAUCGGUUUUGGCACAGUCAUGGCUGGAUCGCCGAUGGUCAUAAUGUGGCCGAACUCGAACGGUUCGGUUACGAUCUCCCAGCGGUCUGCGCCGACCGAACAGAUGCCCACCCUCGUUGCUAAUCCCGCCCGCGUCGCAACGCUGGACACAGCACUGAGCACGACUUCCGGGAAUCCACAAUUCGUCUUCACAAUUCCCUCCGACAGCUCGACUGCGCAAAACCUAAUCUUCGGUUUUUGUGAUACAAAUCCAGGAACUGCUGAUCCGUCGGCGACUCUCCAGAUGCACAUCGAAAAUGGCAAUUUGAACCUCGAUCUCAGCAAGGCACUCAACUCUAGCUCGGGAUCCUCAACAUCGAGCUCGUCGACGCAAACUUCUGGGAGUAGCAUGCUAUCCUCGACCCAACGGAUGAUCAUUGCGCACGCCAUUGUAAGCGUGAUCGCAUUUGCUCUGCUGCUACCCUCCGGUGUUCUUCUCGCACGUUAUCUGCGCACGUUCACUCCGACGUGGUACACUGGGCACUGGAUUGCGCAGCUCGGACUCGCUGGACCUGCGGUGAUCGUCGGCAUCUCCCUGGGAUUCGCUGCAGCCGGGCCAAUCAGGUCCAAGAUACUGGAUCAGCACAAGGUAUUCUCCCGUUGUCCAAUUAUCACUGCUGCCGAUAACAUCCGCGAUUUACAGACAACCGGCAUCGUCCUUCUCGUGCUCUACCUCUUCCAGGUCGCUCUUGGCGCUGUGAUACAUUUCGUAAAACCGAAAAACUCUACCCGCCGGCCUAUCCAGAACUAUUUCCACGCUCUCCUGGGACUCACUAUCAUCGGUCUGGGGCUGUACCAGAUUCACGACGGGUACAGCAGGCAGUGGACAUAUUAUUCAGGUCUCGGGCUCGUGGCUUCCGGCGUUAACAAGUUGUGGAUCGUGUGGUCCACUCUCAUUCCAGUGCUGUACGUUCUCGGACUUCUGCUCUUCCUCAGGAAGCAGUAUCGACAGGAAGCUGCCGCUCGUACCGAGAAGUCGCAGAUCGAUUCCGAACAUUAAUGUUGACUAAUUAGAGAAUAAAUACUGUGAUGUGUUGGAUAAUUGCGUGAUCGCAUCGUUCGAGGGUUGAAUUCUAUGGAAACAUCCCGAGCGCUGGCCUAUCGGCGACUCGUAGCGCCAUACCCGAUUGAUGCAUAUCCC